AUAUUUUGCAAUCCUACUAAUAUUCGCAUUCUGUCGGUAUCCGGCAUCCUCUUAACGCGUCUAGGUAUGAUAUAUAGAAAUCUGUGGCUAUUAUUUAAUCAAAAAUGCUCUUGUCAGCGUCAAUGUGGCAACGCUGUUUAAAAUAUAUAGCUCGAUUAGAUCUACUGCGCUCUUUUGUUCCAUACUAUCCACUGUCCAGUCUCCAGUCGCCCAGUCUUCGAUAAGCAGAGACUGCAUAACACAAAACCGCCGCGACGUAAAAAGCAAAGAAAAGAUUAUUGUCAAAUAUAUUGGCCAUUUUACUAGUUUGUUCAAAAAAGACAAUUAUAUAUGACAUAUAAUUAUUUUGACACCCAUAGUUUAUUAUAAACUUGACUAUCAAGAUAUUUGUGGAAGAUACAUAUCAACAGCAAUAAAAAAUAAGAAAAUAUUUAUGAGAUUAAUAUGGCAGACAAUGCAACAUUUGUAUCAGAUAUAUUUAACAAAAUGCGAAACUUUCCACCACUGAAUGAUAAAAAAAAAAAUAUUGGUAGAAGUUGGUGCGAGUGGAAACAGAAUUUUUUAUCCUUUCUCCAGAAUGAAGAUGCCAAUGAAUUAUAUAAAAAUCAGUGGCCAGUUAUCUUAUUGAUGUUAAUUGGUCCACUUGGAGAACAAGCAUAUAAAGAUUUUCCUUCUUGCAAUGCUCUUCAGAUGGAAGAUUUAGAAACAUUAUUAUGCUAUUUUGAUUUAUACUUUAUUUUUGGACAUAGAAAAAGAAAGAAAGACGAAAACAUUGAAAACUAUAUUGAUAGCUUGAUGCUUGUUGCAAUUGCAAGCAAUCAUGGUGAUCCUGUGAAUAUUGUAAAGGAAAAAAUUAUGCAGGAUAUUAAAAAUUACAAUUUCACAGGAAAGGCUAUGCUUUUUAUACAGUCUAAAGGCAACAACUUGGUAUCAUAUUUGCAAUUAUUGGAUCUUCAUAAAAUUACUUUGUUUUGGAAACAAUGCGAAGACUUGAUGUUACAGAAGAAUUGUAAAAAUUUACAACAGCUCUCUCCUAAUCCACAAUUAGCUGAAAUGGAAUGUAUUCGUUGUGGUACUUGCCAUAGCAGGAACCAUUGUCCAGCACAUGGGAUGCGAUGUAACAACUGUAAUGGAUAUAAUCAUUUUACAGAUUAUUGUAAGGUAAAAUAUGUGUCUGAUUGUAUUAAGUGUGGAACACAUCAUAUUCAGUCACGUUGUCUUGCUUUUGGCGAAAUGUGUACGAAUUGUGGUAAAGCAAACCAUUUCUCAUGGUUGUGCAAAGUACCUGUUGUGAAAAAUUGCCUUAGAUGUGGUAAAGAUCAUGCUAUAUCCAUGUGUCCAGCACAAGGUCAAGUAUGUGGCCGGUGUAACAAACCUAAUCAUCUAAAAGAAAAAUGUUUGAGCAAACUAAAUGAUGAGUAAAAAUAAUAUGCAAUAUUAUUCUACUCUCUUGGAAUUUUUAAACAAUGACAGUAUAUACAAGCUAUUUACUACUUGCCUUCUUUAUUUUAACGAUAGAUUCUUAUAUGAAAUCAAUUUUUCUUGAGUGAAAAUUCAAUUUUUAUUUUUCAGUAUUACAUAUUUUUUGUAAUUAGAUCCUAAAAUUAAAACUCUCAAAGUGAAAAUAUUUAAAAAUAAUGCUUUUUGAAGAAUGACUUUUUAUUAUCUGCUUGUCUAAAAUUCACAUUACAAAAAUACUUUCUAAUCAUUUACAUCUUGAAAAUAAUUAACACUUUGUUAAUUAUUUUCACACAUUAUAAUAUUUCCAUUAUAAACAAAUUGAUCCCAAUUUUAUCAAAGGAUCUGUCAUUAAAAUUAAAAUCUUAGUGAAAUAAUGUGUU